ACGACUGUUUUUGUAUCAGCCCAUCAUCGACUCGGACUCAUUUCCAGCUGGUUCCCUUAUCCAUUUUUCUGCCGUCUUCGAGCAAUCUAUCAAUAGAAAUAGAAAAUAGAGAUGCGGUUCGCACCGUUAGCUGCAUUGUUAGUCCUGCCAUUACUUUCAACUGCUCAGUCUUCGAAUUCUCCAAACGUCCAGCUUUCAACGUCUGUAAUAGCCUCAGUUGGCCUCGGCUCAGGCCGGGUCGUUACUACUGUUUUGCAGACCACGGUGUUUACAGUGGCGGCUGCAUCUCCCACUGUAACUUCGUCGGGAAAUAACACAUCAUCGGGCAACUCUACCAAUCCUACUAAUUCUACCACUUCCGGAAACUCGACGUCUUCAGUAACACCGAGUAAUUUGCCUACAGCGGCGUCAAGUGUACCAGGAGUGAAUGGUGGUCCCAAUGGUGCCCCAAGUCCGGGUGCCAGCGCACCUGGUGGUAUUUACGGACCACCAGACGGGUACAUCGCUGCUGCAAAUGCUCUGAAGAGGAAUGCUGUUGUUGUGAGUCUCCUCGGGGUGACCAUUGGAACAGCUUUGGUGUUCAUUUAGGACUGCAUGGACCUGUCAUGUUGUCAUCUGGGUACGAGAUACAAUAUCAUAAGGGUCUUUUAUUGGUUAGGUUUUCUUUCUUGACGGACAGACAAUAUCGGCGAUUAUAUUGCGCACACUACAUUUAGUCAUACAUCCUCUCUUUAACACCCUCACCACAUAUACUGUACACCUGUCGUCUGGACUAAUGGUAGACUCAGAAGCAUGACGCUUGCAAACUUUUAUCCUGAUAGCCUGGCCUGUCGCGUGACGGU